AUGAACGGAGAUUGCUUGAAUUUCAAGAACCCCAUUCGAGACGCCAUUUCCAGGAUCCGGUUUGCUCCGCUCUACAAUAAUCUCCUAAUCUCUUCUUGGGAUUCUAGUCUUCGGUUGUUCAAUGUGGAUAAAUCUGAGCUCAGAUUAGAAGUUCCUACAGAGGCUGCACUUCUUGAUUGUUGUUUCGAGAGCGAUUCGGUGGCCUUAAGUGCUGGCUCUGAUGGUUCUAUCUGCAGGUAUGAUAUGCAUUUAGGAACCAGUGUUACGAUUGGGAAUCAUGACGAUUUAGCAACCUGCGCUGAAUAUUCUGAUGAAACAUGUCUAAUUGUCACUGCUGGUUGGGAUAAAAAGAUAAUGUUUUGGGAUUCACGAGCUACUAGGUCUCUUGGAUGCCUGAAUAAUCUGGAUGUGGAAGUGGAGUCUCUGUCACUCUCUGGGUUCAAUUUGAUGGUUGCUAUCAGGUCAUCAGUAUGUAUUUAUGACUUGCGCAACUACCACAAAUCAGUUCAAGCCAAAGAAUCAUUUAUGGACAUCCAAUUAAAAUGUGUUCGCCCUAUUCAUAAUUUUGAAGGUUUUGUGGUUGGAUCAACAGAUGGAAGGGUUGCUUUGGAGUAUCUUGGCCAAUCCAAGUCAAAGAAUGAAGGAUAUGCCUUUAGAUGCCAUCCAAAGGGGAAGAAUGGAAGACAUCAUUUUGUAGCAGUGAAUGACAUUGCAUUUAGUCCGUCCAAUGGUGGUGUUUUUGUCACUGGUGACAAUGAGGGCUAUGCAACAACUUGGGAUGCUCGUAGCAAGAGACGAUUAGUGGAGUUGCCAAGAUAUCCAAACAGCGUUGCUUCUAUGUCAUACAACCACAAUGGUCAACUUUUAGCUGUUGCAUCAAGUUAUACUUACCAAGAGGCUAAUGAAAGAGAAGAGCCGCCUCAGAUAUUUAUACACGAAACAGAUGAUAUCCACACGAGAUCAGGUUCCACUAGCAGCUCAAAGGGCAACUAUUGA